GAUUGCUUCAUUUCAAAUCCCUUGUGGUGGUGUACAGAGGCAAAAUGGCAAAAAUUGUGUCACUGUCCAAAUACUUAUGGACCUAACUAUAAAAGCAGUAUAAAACAGAACUUAAUAGAUUUUUUAAAUAGAAAGUUAUAGGAAUUUGAACUGUCAUAAUAAAAUGAAACAUUCUUUUUACAUGCUUUGAUAUCAGUGCUGUCAAUGACAAAUAAGUCACAUUUGAGAUUAAAUGAAAUGUGCAAUAGAAUAUUACUUCUAAAUGCUUUGGUUAGGGCAUCUCUAAAAUAUAUGCUUCUGCACUUUCUAGAUACUCAGGUGACCUGCCUGUUUCAUGAAGACUGCAUCUUGCCCUGCAGUUUCAUACCCACUGGUGCUGUAGUGAUCCACUGGUACAAACAGCAGAUCCCAGUGCACAGUUACUACUACAACAAAGACCAGUUUGGCCUCCAGAACAAGCACUUCAGUGGCCGCACUUGCCUGUUUAACCUUCAGAUUCCCCAGGGCAAUGCAUCUCUAGUGUUACGCAAAGUAAAGCUGCAGGAUAGAGGGCGGUAUAAAUGCUAUACCAGCACCAGGAAAGUCAACCAGGAGACUUUUGUAAACCUAAAUGUGAAAGCGCUGAUCCAGAUGGUAAAGAUUGAUAUCAUUGAAGAGAAGGUAAUUUGUCUGGCCCAGAACAUCUACCCUGCACCUCAACUUGUCUGGUCCACUGAACCUCCGACAGACUUGGGUAGUCUCCAUAACCACACCCGCAAUACAGCUGAUUCAAAGGGCUUGUUCACCAUUGAAAGCACCAUCAGCAUUCUGGGUAAUAUUUCCCAGCAUGCCUACUUCUGUUCAGUGGUCUCUGGGGAUAGGAGUCAGGUGUGGACAGCAUCAGUGAAACAACAAGAUAAAUUAGUUGGUGAGGAAGGCAACACAUUGCUCAUUCCUUGCAUGUUACCACAGCUACAGUAUAACUUCACUCUCACCUGGACCUUUAUUAGAACCCUUGAGCCCAUUAUGAUUUUGAUUUAUGAUAGUCGGAGCAGGAGGAUCACUAACUCUUGGGAAAAGAAGGCUGAACUGAACAUACAUGCACAAAUGGGAAAUGGUUCUCUUACUCUAUUCAACCCUGAAAGUUCUGCACAUACUGGGCUCUACACCUGCACAUUAUCAAGCUUCCAGUUUAAGCACCAAGUCCACACUUGGGUCAAUAUUACAGUCCAGGUGACAGGUGAAAAUGAAAAGGCUUGUCAACAGUUAUGGUGGGGAACUGCUGCUUCUGGAUUCAUAUUUUUGUUAAUUAUAUCAAUGACACUGUCACGAUGCUUCAGAUACAGAGAUCAACAGCGAACACAUAUACAUGCUGGGAUCGGAAGACAGCGCAACAUGAGAACCCACAACAGUGGUGACUAAUAUAUAUAUAUA